AUGCUGAACUUUUCCCAAGCAAGCCAUGCUAUUUCAACAUUACUCAGAGCUGAAGAAAGGAUGCGCCAGCGGCAGCUGGGCUUCGAGCGUACACAACGUCCUCAAGAAGUCGCUGCUCAAGGAGGUAACUUCGCCUACGUCCGGUUGAAGUCGAAAGCGCUGAUGGCCACAGGAGCCGAAUAUGCGUCGGCGGUCAAGGAUCCUCCCCGCUCUUCGGACAUUUUAAGCGCAAUGGUAAGAGUUCGCGUCUCGGACUUUGAUGAAGCUAGAGCGAGAGACGAGGACCUGUCAUCAGGAGAUCACGACAGCAGAGAAUAA